AUGCAAAAGGUGGGGACCACUGGCCGGAGGGCCUCCGACACAGCCCUCAUUCCACACAGGUCGAGGGGCAUUACCAAAUUUGCUCAGUAUGUGGGCUCCUUUAUUGUAGAAGACUUGGGGCUUCAGGAAAAAGUGUGGAUGGUCCAGCAGCAGCUAUGGGCCUUGAAGGACUGCUCCAGGAGAAGAGCUGUGAUCCUAAAAUUCAGUCUCCAGGGCCUCAGGAUCUACAGUGCUGAGGGGGAGACUCUGUUGAUGGCUCAUGCCCUGAAGCGGAUCCUCUACUCCACCUGGUGCCCCGCUGAAUGCCAGUUUGCCUUCAUUUCCCGGAACCCUCGGAGCCCUGCCAGCAAGCUCUUCUGUCACUUGUUUGUGGGGAGCCAGCCUGGAGAGAGGCUGGAAUGUUGUGUGACCAGGAUCACACAACUAUUAAAUGUCAGAGCCAGGAUUCAAACCCACAUCUCCUGCCUAUGUAGAGGUGGUGGGUAUGCAAAGGUCCAGAUCCUACAUCUGCUGCUUUGCCGUUCCUUUCAGCUGGCUUACCUCUUGCAACACCCCGAGGAUCAGGCCCAACCUGGGCCAGGGCCACCUGCAGAGGAGCCCCCCAAGUCGCUUCCCAGCCCCGGUGCUCCUGUUGGGAUGGUCAGGGAGCCCUUUGGCCGGGAUCAGGUCUCUCAAAAUGUCCAUGCUCUAGUGUCCUUCCGUAGGCUGCCAGCCCCAGCCGAUGGCCCAGCAGGCAGCGCAAAGGAAAUAUCGGAGGCAGAAGGUCGAGGGGUCGCCCGUCACUCCCGCCUGGGGAACCCUUACUGUUCCCCAACCCUUGUGCGAAAGAAGGCAAUUCGAAGCAAGGUGAUCCGCUCAGGGGCUUACCGCUGCUGUACCUAUGAGACCCAGCUGCAGCAAUCUGCCCGGGAAGCCUUUCCCAGUGCCUGGGAGAGCUGGGCCCAGGGGGCCAGUGGCCUGGUUUGCCUGGUGGAGAGCGAGGGAAGCCUGACGGAGAAUAUCUGGGCCUUCGCUGGCCUCUCUAGGGUCCGGGCACUCUCCCUGCUCCGAAGAGAUGUCCUGGGGGCCUUUCUGCUGUGGCCUGAGCCUGGACCCAGUGGCCAGUGGUGCCUGUCAGUGAAGACACAGUGUGGCGUGGUCCCCCAUCAGGUCUUCAGGACCCACUUGGGCAAGUUCAGUGUGGAGCAUCUGCCCACAGAGUUCCCCAGCCUGGAAGCCUUGGUGGAGCACCACUCAGGAGCUGAACGUAGCCUUUUUUGUCCACUGGACAUGGGACGUCUGAACCCCUGCUAUGAGGCACAGGACUGUGGGCCCGGCCGACCUACGUGGCCCCGUAGCCACCCCAAGCAUGAGCCCCGGCAGCAAGAACUGGGUUAA